AUGGGUGUUUCCAAGCGUGGAAGCUUACACCCAUUCGCGGUUCAUGUGAAGAUGAGAAUGGUGGCCAAAACGAAUGGAUUGAGUGAAGGUUCCUUCCAAAGUGAAGAUAUAAGAUUUAAAGUGGGGAGGAGAGCAAGAGAGAGCACCGAUGAUGGUGUUGUAAAGAUAGAUAUCGAGGGAGUGGGUAAUGGAGGCGAAGAUAGAAUAAGCAUAGGAAGAGAAGCCGAGAGAAGAGUAGGCAUGAAUGAAUCGGCUAAGGAGGAGGUGAGUAAGGAAUUCAAAACCGAUGAUGAUGAUGAAACAAGGGAGGUGCAGGCGAGGAGGAGCAUUUCUACUUUGCUUUGCUUGGAAUUCAAUCGACCACCCCGAACCUCAGCUUUGCCCCGAUCCAUAAAGGGAAAGACAGUAAAUUCCUUGGUUUAUACCCCAAUUGUUUAA